UUACAUAGCUUAUGCAUCAUAUUUCAGGUGAGAGAAACAUAUAUAAGCUGGUGAGAGUGGCCGGGGGGGUUCACUGCAGCCAGCAGAUUCAUCUGAGCGAAUCCACUCUAGUCUUAGAGCUAACCUCGAGUUAAAAAUGGCAUUCGCCGGAGUUCUGAAUGAUGCUGACAUCGCUGCAGCCCUCGCAGCUUGCCAAGCUGCCGACUCUUUCAAGCACAAGGAGUUCUUCGCUAAGGUCGGCCUGUCUGCCAAGUCUGCUGAUGAAAUCAAGAAAGCCUUCGCCAUCAUUGAUCAGGACAAGAGUGGCUUCAUUGAGGAGGAGGAGCUGAAACUGUUCCUGCAGAACUUCUCUGCCAGCGCCAGAGCUCUGACUGAUGCUGAGACAAAGACCUUCCUGAAGGCCGGCGACUCUGAUGGUGAUGGCAUGAUUGGAGCUGAUGAGUUCGCUGCCAUGGUCAAGGGUUAAAUGGACAUAACCGACCAACAUCUGACUUCACAACUCCAAAGGAACAACUCGAGCCGAAACAUACUCUUCCUCUCUUCUUCGACUCUUCCCACUCACUCUCUCUCUCUCAACUUAAUCAGCUGCACAACUUUUGUACACCAGACCCCCCCGCCCCACACACAGCACUCUUUCCCUCUCUCAGGCUGCCUUCACCCCAGCGCUCUCCACCAUGAGUGUGCCUGCAUAAGCGAAUGACGUGGUUGUGUCUUUCUCUCUCUCACUCUGUUCUGUCGUCAUUUUGCUGUAUGAGUUUGUCUGCAUGAUGUGAGAUCAGCGAUGGUGCACUUUUGUGGGAAACGGACGGACGAUGAGUAAACAAUAAAGGGUCUUUUUCAAUAAACCUCA